AUGGACGCUUCCGGUGCGUCAAACAGGAGAUACAUGAUGGGAGACGGGGAUGGUAACGAGAUCAAUCUUCGCGAUGGUCCAAAUGAUGAUGCCGCCCUGGAAGUGGAUCCGAUGAGUUCCAACAAUGAUCCAAUGGCCAGACUGUUUCUUUCUAUUCUCAAUGCUGACAACACCAUUACAAGUACGAACCACUAUCAUGAUCAUGCCAUUCCACCAAGAGCAAACAUGAGCUUGCCUGGUCCACUAGUGCUCGAAGAUCUUUGUCCUCUUCACUUUCAUUCAAAGCAAGAACAAAAGAACCAUCUACUCUCCAUUCUCGACGAAGCAAUUGCUGUUGUCGAGGAGGAAGACUGCUUCUUGGUGCCUGGUGGUGCUCCAUCAUCUGCUCAUUCGCCCACUACUACUUCUGACGAACCAAAGCAGUAA